UGGGAAAUCCAAAGGCGGUUGGCGGGAAACGCGCGGGAAGUCGAGGAGGCGGCGGCGGCGGCGUCAGACGAAGGACGGAGAAGCGAUGGCGGAGGAGGCCUCGGGCGGAGCGUUGCUGAGCAGUGGAGAGGUUGCGGGAGCAUCCUCGGCGUCGGACGGCUCGGCCGUCGCCACCAUCGGUGGCGCGGGCGCCAACGGUGAGCCGGAACCUCCUGCUCGCUCUGGGAAAGCGGAACACGUCCCGGCGGCACCGUCGCCACAAAGGGAGAAACGCGCCGAGGAGUCGUCGGCAACGAAGGGGGGUUUGCCGGAGCAGCCCAAACCGGUGAAAUCGGAGGAAGCUCGAGUCUUGGCAGAACCAAACGAACGCCAGGAAGCGCUCGAGUUAUCAAAACCGAAAGAGCCGUCGGAGUCGAAGGAACGGCAGGAAGCGGUCAAGUCUGCGGAGCCUAAAUUAACGAGCAGCAAACCACACGAACCGCUCCCGUUAUCAAAGCCGGCAGAAUUGAAAGGACUGCAAGAACCAGUGAAAUUACCUGAAACUAAAUUAAUGAGUAACAAACCACAGGAAGGGCUGCCGUUAUUAAAACCAGCACGGUCGGAAGAAUCCAAGGUGGUGCAGGAACCGGUAAAGUCGACGGACCCAAAAGUUUCGGGGGAACCAAAUAAACCGCAGGAACCUGUGGCGCUGACAAAAUCGAAGGAGUCGGUAGACUUUAAGGUUUCACAUGAAUCGGUCAAGUCUGUGGAAUCGCUAGGAUCCUCAAAACCACAGCAGCCAGUGAAACCCAAGGAGGACACCAAAUCAGAUAAAUCACAGGAGUUGGUAAAAUCGGCUGAACCUAAGCAACUGGUAGAACAAAAACAACGACAAGAAUCGGUGAAAUCUGCAGAACCCAAGGACAUGGCGGUUCCUAAGACUCGACCUGAAUCUGUAAAGUUUUCAGAACACAAGAAAGAGGUGGAACGAAAGCUACCACAAGAACCAAUGAAAUGGGUAGAGUCCAAGAAAGAGGUGGAACAAAAGCAAAUGCAACCACCACCGAUGAACUCGACGGAACAAAAGGUGGUAGAAUUGAAAACUCGUGACUCUUUAAUGUCUGCUGAACCCAAGAAAGAAGUAGAACGAAAGAAUAAAAAAGAACCGGUGAAGUCUGCAGAACACAAGGAUUCGGUUGAGCCUAAGACUCGGCAGGAACCUGUUAAACCGGCAGAACCCAAGAAAGAUGUGGAACGAAAGCAGCAAAAAGAACCGGUGAAAUCUGCAGAAUACAAGGAGGCGGUUGAGCUUAAGACUCAGCAGGAACCGGUAAAAUCGGCAGAACCCAAGAAAGAGGUCGAACGAAAGCAACAAAAAGAACCGGUGAAAUCUGCAGAAAACAAGGAGGUGGUUGAGCCUAACUCUCGGCAGGAACCGGUGAAAUUGGCAGAACCCAAGAAAGAGGUGGAACGAAAGCAACAAAAAGAACCAGUGAAAUCUGCAGAACACAAGGAGGCGGUGGAAGAACCCAAGGCAGCUCCGGUGGAACUGAAGGAAUCGGAAAAGUCAAGGGAGCCGAAGUUACCGGCGAAGCACAAGGAAACCCGGCAAGCGGCCAUGAAGAGAGCAGAGCAGGCCGCAGAAAAGAGCUCGCACACAGAUGCAGACGUUUCCAUCUCUGGUGCCGCUGAGGAAAAAGUGAAGUCUGAGGGUAGUGGCUCAGUCACCGAAGCCAAAGUCGAAGCCAACACUUCUGAGUCACCGAUGCCCGAGGGCUGGCGCCGGUUGGUGAUGCAGCGGCAGGCCGGAGAGACGGCCGGCAGAUACGACGUCUACAUAUUCAGCCCGAGUGGUAGGAAGUUCCGCUCGCGCCCGGAGCUGGCGCUCUUCUUAAAAACGCUGGGCGAUACAGCGCCCUCCGCCGAUGACUUCGACUUCAGUAGCGGCACCGGCAAAAAGGCAGCGGUGGCCGCCAAGAUACGAGCUGCUUCGCCCCGAGGCAAAAGCGUAACUCGCCGGAGCAAGAGUCCCCGCGCCUCCAUCGCCGAGAACUCCCCAUCUACCCCGCGCACGCCAAAAUCUCGCGCCUCCGCCCGGAGGAAGUCUCCCACCUCUGGCACCAAGAAGGGUGGAGACACGACGCCGCCAGCAUCAUCGUUGGAAAAAGUGGGGCGGCCGCCGUCGCGAAAGACGGCGGCGGUGACGGCCGAAGUUUUGCCGGCGCGCAGCCGCCGCAGCCGCAGCCGAGAGACGUCGAUGACGCCGCGUAAGCGGGCAAAGCCGGCGGCGCCCCGGCAGAGCAACGAUGGGGAUGAUGAAGACAAACAAGAGGAUGAAGUGGUGCCACGGUGGCACCACGGCAAGAAGAGGGCGGUGCUGAGCAGCGAUGAACGCGAAGACGAACGGUGCACGCCCAAGAAGCGGACAAGGGGUCCGAGUGCCGGUGCCAAAGAAGAAACGACCGGUGAUGAAACCUCAGCGGAGGCGAAGAAAGUUGGAAGCCCAGGGAUAAUGAGGGCGAGUGUCCGUCCUUUGCGAACGAGGAAGACCAGUCCAUACUUCUUCCGUGCGCGCAAGGCCGAUGAGCUCGGCGCCCCCCACAGGGCGUCCUGGAGGAAGUGGACCCCUCCACGCUCCCCCUUCAACCUCGUGCAGGAGACGCUCUUCCACGACCCUUGGAAGCUCCUGGUCGCCACCAUCUUCCUCAACAAGACCUCCGGCCACCAGGCGGUUCCGCUGCUGUGGAAGUUCCUCGAGCGGUUCCCGUCGGCCGAGGUGGCGCGGGAGGCGGAUUGGCGAGAGGUGGCGCGCACCAUCCAGCCGCUGGGCCUGCACGCGCUGCGCUCCAAGGCCAUCAUACGCUUCUCCCGCGAGUUUCUGACGAAGAAGUGGCGGUAUCCGAUCGAGCUGCACGGCAUUGGGAAGUACGGCAACGACUCCUACCGCAUCUUUUGCGUCAACGAGUGGAAAGAGGUGAAACCACAAGACCACAAGCUCACAGACUACCACCGCUGGUUGUGGGAAAACCACAAGAGUCUGGGACUUGACUGACGAACUCGCUCGCCCUUGUCACGGGAAUGAGGAAUUUUCACCACUGGCUCAGCUUUAGUAAAACAGGAGAUGAUGUGCUGCAAGCAUUUAAAGACGUAUUAAUGAAUCUAUUAAAAGCGGUUCUUACUCUUGCAUCGAACUGUGUGCUAAAAUUUGUACAAAAAAUAUAUUUUUCCAUGUAAGUCCCGCUGAGCUAUAGAGCUAUUUACCAGAAGCGACCUGGCCACAAAUGAUAGCUAAACGAGCAGUGGCUUAUCGUGUGAAAAUGUAUAGCUGCCAAAUACUCUAAAUAAUACUUGAAAGUCGAGUCUGUCUCUACUGCUCACAACCAAUGGUGCAACUGCUCACAACCGGUUGCAGAGACGUCCAUGUAUGUACAAGCGAUUCAGUUGCACGCAAUCAAGUUGCACGCAAUCAAGUUGCACGCAAUCAAGUUGCACGCAAUCAAGUUGCACGCAAUCAAGUUGCACGCAACUAAUCGCCCAGGUGUGGACCGACUUUACAUUCCCGCCGUCUAGCUCUGGAAUAUUUUACUGAGGCUGUAAUACUGUACACCAUGGCUUGUUGCACUUUUAAAACAUUUGUAUACCCUCUUUACCCAGACAGAUUUGGAUGUCAUGCGAAUGCGGAAUUCGAAAUGAUCGGAAACAUGAUACUGCACCGUGAUGUUUGAUCUGGAAGUUAAACUCAUACUCUGUGAUGUUUUAAAAAAAAGUAGGAAAAUUGUACACUUGUGUUCAGCUUAACACGUAGGAUUUCGCGACCAAUAUUAUCCAUAAUAUAGUUUUUUUGGGGGUUCGAUCACGUACAUAUUAAUGGGUCGUUAAACCCGCCACCACCCGGCACAGCCAAUUCGUAAAGUUUGU